AUGAUUGAAGAAUCAGACUCUACAUUCACUAUGAAAACUGAAGACGGAGAGGAUAUCAAACUGACUAUUCUCAAACAUCCAAUAUCUCUAGAAACUUUAGAGUAUGAGGUAGAAACAAGUAGCAUAGAUGAAAAAGAAAUAUAUGAAAAGGCUAGCAAGGAGGCCGAUGGUAUAAAAAAGAAAUAUGAUCUUAAAUUCUUAAAGAAUAUGCCUAAAACAACAGAUGCGAAAACAGGAAAUCUAUACUUAUUAAAAGAACCUAUAUCUUUAGAAAAUAUUAAUUGGAAAGAUGAGAAACAUGAAAUUCAAAAUUCUAUUACGUUCAGUGUCAAGACUGAACAAGGUUAUUUAUGCAGAACUACGAACAAGAGGAACAAAAAAGAGGAAUAUCAAUCUUGGAAACAAAAUGCGUUGGUUAUCUUCGAGUUUUCCUACGUCUACCCUUUCAUACACGCGGGCAAUAAGUACAAAUGUUUUGUUUGCCUAAGGCCCUUUUUAGAUGCUAAUCUCCUAAAUCAACAUGUUAAUGAACACAGUAUUAAAGAAAUAAAACGAGAACUAAAUAAUAGGGUUAGAGAUAAAAAUUUAAAAGUCGAUGUUACAUAUUUACAAUGUAAAAUUUGUUCCCAAACCUUAUCUAAUUUACAGAAUUUAAAAGAACAUUUAAAAGUCAAUCAUGAUAAGAAGAUAGAACUGUCGUUGCAGGAUAACAUAAUUCCUUUCAAGUUAGGUGGAGAACAUUUUGAUUGUCAAGUGUGCGGAGAGAGGUUUCUCAAACUUAGACUCCUCGUAAUCCACAUGAGCAAACAUUUUAACAAUUACAGCUGUGAAUUUUGUGGCGCUGUGUUUAUAUCUCUUAACUUGCUAAAAAGACAUCUACAAAUUCAUGAAUCAGGAAGUUUUCCUUGCGAUAAAUGUGAUAAAGUAUUCAGUAAUGCUGCAAAACGAACCCUACACACUCGUGGAGUCCAUCUGAAGCAGUUUCCACGUAGAUGUCCCAUUUGUUCUGAAAGAUUUAACUCAAACUAUCAGAGAACAAAACACUUGCGAAUAAUCCAUAACCAAACAACAGGGUUAUUUAGAUGUGACACUUGUGGGCGUGAAUAUGACUUAAAAUAUCAUCUCCUAAUUCAUAUAAGAUCUGUUCAUUUACAAGAAAGAAAUCAAGAAUGCCCUGUUUGUCAUGCUAGAUUCUUCUCUAAGUAUUGCCUGUCAAGGCACAUGGUAAUACAUACAGGUGACAAGAAUUUCAAAUGCGAGAUUUGUGGGAAAGCAUACGCAAGACGAAAAAAUUUGAGAGAACAUUUGAGAUCCCAUGAAUCUGGCGUGUGUUCGAUAUGUGGUCAAAAUUAUGAGGAUCAAAACAAUUUGGUUGCUCACGUCAACAACGUGCAUGCAGUAAUGUAA